AUGAGUCCCGAACCCGAAAUUAGUACCGAAGAGCCGCCUGCUAAGAAGAGACGAACGAGACUUGCUGCGAGUUGUGAGAGAUGCCGGAUACGUAAAAUACGUUGCGAUACAAAAGAGCCCAAAUGUGUACCUUGCGAACGAGCGGAGGCUGAGUGCGACCGUACUAAACCGGCCAACCGGUCUCGUAGGACACGCUCAAGAUCGAGCUCGUCCUCUCGCGGCCAUGGAAGUCGAUCACCGGCACCCAAAUUAUACCCAGUCGGGGAUGGGACCUAUGCACCAUUGGACUUUAUUUUGGCACUCAGGCAGAAAAGGGAGACUACCACGGUGGAGGCACGAUCCAACUUGGUACCGUCUCCAUCUGACGCGAUCCUGAAUAACAGGGAAAACGGGUUGGGAGCUAUAGGUCGAGAGACUCUUCCUCCGGCUGUUGACGCAAGGCCACCCGACCGCCCUUUAGCGGCCACGACUACAGCCCAGUCUUCCGUUCUAGAUCCAUCGACAUCGACACUGAGAGCCAUUACGGACACGCGGUCCAGUUAUGAUCUGGACCCGUUCUUCACUCGUUUUGGCUCGGUCUCCUCAGCUCCUCUUCCAGAAUCAAACUCGUACCAGGAUCGCAGCGUCGGAUUCGCUUCUACCUCGAUGGGAGGUUCGCUUCAGUUACCUGCCAUCCGUGAAUCGUCGGACAACAUGUCCUAUUUUCGUCAUCCCACUCCAUCGUAUUAUCAAGACGACCAUGUGGAAUAUUCGCGUUCCAACGGAUUGAUGGAGAGAACCGGUAACGACGGAGAGAUGCCUGAGGGUCAACUGGGUCUGGAUGGCCUGUUUGACGUGGGACUCGGCUCGAACACGAUCGAUGCGCGAUCGCAGCAUCAAAGGAAUGAAAGCGGCACCGUCAAUAAGGCGAGGGGUCGGGAUGAUUAUCUAAUCCAUUCCGAAGAACACCGGAAGAAGUUCCUAGGAGCAUCUUCGUCGCAGGUCUUCGUGAAAUGGCUCGACGAAGAGAGCGGGGGAACCAACCCGUCACGUCAUCUCAAACAUGGCAUGUCAUCGGCUGAAGAGAUGAUGCUACCCGGACAGGUGGAAACAUGUCAUCAUCCACUACCGCCAGAACCUGCACUGGAGACUUAUAUCUCGACAUACUUCAAGACUUUUCACAUCCUCUAUCCUAUAAUUGAAGAGACGUGGUUGAGAACAAUAUUGCACCGGCCUAAAGGUCCGCAGUCCGCAGGGCAGGAUUUUGUCACCCCGGUUCUAUACCUUGUCAUUAGCUUGGGGGCGAGCAUGACACCGAGUACUCAUCAAUCUUCGGCCGUCGCCAGGACCUACUUCGAAUUGGCUUGGAAAACAUUGUCGGUGAUAUUGGGUCGGCCUUUUCGAUCCUCUGUACAGGCACUGCUCCUGUUGGCAAUCGCCAUGCGGACGCGAUCGAAGGACGGACUUGCGUGGCAGAUGAUUGGCUCAGCAAUCAGGAUCUCGCAAAGUCUCGGUCUGCAUCGGCUGAGCAACGGCCCGGAAGCCAGUCUGGACGCGCGUAUCUGGUUCACGACAAUCUCGCUCGAUGCCAUAGGUUCGAUCGAAUCUGGAAGACCCGUCUUGCUACGAAAGAGCGAUUAUACGACUUCUCUCGCGUCCUUCGAAGACCAUGGAUUCGUUUUGGGAUCGGUCCGUCAGCCUAUCAACAUCCUCAAGGCGCUGGCCGAGUUGUGUCAGGAGAUCGCUCAUAUCGCCCAGACUCUGUUUCCGACGAAUGCACCUGUGGGAUCAGAUUACGAAGUCGAGGUGUUGGAGAAUAUCGGACAGAGUCAUAUGCGUCUGGAAGCGUGGAAGAAAACGCUGCCGAUCGAGAUUCGCCCUGGGGGAGAACGUCCGGCACACGGGCCGUUCUUUCCAUUCGCCGCCAUGUUGCACAUGCAGUAUCAUCAGAUCGAAAGCAUCUGCACGCACUCGGCUCGCUCCGUUCUGACGACUCUCGAUGCUUGCACGCGUACAUCGCCUAAAAACUUGCACUAUUGGACUUUGCACUCGGUCGGGACCGCUAUAUUCGCUUUGAGUUUGCAUACAUGUCGACACUCAGCAACCUGGCAAGCGAGAGCGGAUCUCGAACUUCUGUCGCAAGCCAGUUCAUACGUCGCCAAGAGCUUUCUUGAGCAUGGGCUUCCUCCACAAUUCGUUGACCUCUACGAAGCGGUCAACGAGAUGGUCCGAUCAAGGGUGGCAAAUCCGGGCCCACAAACACAAACCUCUGACCCGCAAUACGACGAAGGAAAUCAGUACACUCAGUCUCAGAAUCAACCUGACCUCGCGAUUGACCAAGCGGUCGCCAAUAUCGACGAGAUCUGGGCGACGCUCUUCGGUCUCAGCGGAUCCGCCGAUGGUCACGUGGGACUGGUCUGA